AUGCUGCGCCACGGACCCUUGAAGCCGACGCGCCUUGGCCGCCUUGCGGCGCGGACGCAGAGCACGCUCGCCCACACGAUCGUGGGCGGUACGACGCUGGAUGCCUCCAAGAAGACCAUCUUCAUCAUGCAUGGCAUUCUUGGCAAUAAGGGCAACUGGGGCACGUUCUGCCGACGCAUCGUUAACACGUACCCAAACUGGCAAGUUGUCGCGAUUGACCACCGCGCCCACGGCGAGAGCCCGUCGUUUAGCCCGCCGCACAACCUCGGCGCGUGCGCGCAAGACGUCAUCGACCUCUCGGACGCGCUUGGCGUGACGCCGGACGUUGUCGCCGGCCACUCGUUUGGCGGCAAGGUGGCCUUGACGUACCUCGACGCGUGCCGUCGCCAGCACCGCAGCGUGCCCCGCGAUACAUGGGUCCUCGACGCCCUGCCAGGCUGCGCACAAACCGACUACGUGGCGCGGACGCAAGAGGUCAGCUUUAGCUCGACGGACCACGUGCUUCCAGCGCUCCUCAGCGUGCCGCUGCCGAUCAAGUCCAAGCGCGAGCUUGUCGCUGUCCUGGAAGCCAAGGGCUUCGAGACGGGCCAGGCGCAGUGGAUGACGACCAACCUCAAGCCGACGGCCGCCAACGCCGACGAGUUUGAGUGGAAGAUGGAUCUCCCGGUGAUCGACGUGCUCUUCAAGGCGUUCCUUGCCACCGACUGCUGGCCGAUCCUGGCGCACCCGCCGCCGGCCACGUCGAUCCACUUUGUCCGCGCCGAGUACAACAAGUUUUGGACGCCAACCGUCCUCGACCGGUUCGACGCGCUGCCGUCGCGGGACCGUGUCCAUGUGCAUUUGCUGCCCAAGUCGGACCACUGGGUGCACGUCGACAACCCAAACGGGCUCUUUGCGCUUCUGUCGGCGAGCUUGGCGGAGUAGAGAGCUGCUUCGCAGUCAAAAGUGAAUCAUUGUAUUCUCCACUCGUCUUACGAAGUUGAUAAUUCCCC